UGAAGAUGACAUAUCCGUCUCCAAACGAGGAAUCCACCUCAGUGUGGUGACCAUUUCUGGAGGAGGUACUCCGGAGAGCUGCAGUUCCUCUUGCUCAGGAGAUUCUGCUCCUGUCCAGCUCGAACGCAUGGUCUGCUAUUGGGCCAGUCUCCUCACUCUGUGGAAUAGGUGCCAUGGAGGAGCACGGCGCAAAAGAAAUCUGUGAUCUCCCAGGCCAAGAAGAACAAACUGAGGAGUAUCUCUGAAAGCCAUUGAAUUCCUUAGAUAAGUCCAGAGGGGAAAUCUGAGAUCAGUAUAAUAUUGUGUCUGUGAUAGCUGAGGAUAAAUUAUUGGAAAGGGUCAGGGUAAUAACUACUUCAUUUUGCAUUUGACUCUUGGUCCUUUUGUUGUGAGCUUUUUGUUCGUGCAAAGCUGGCUGGGGUCCGCCUAGUGGGUCAAAAAAAAACCCUUAAGGAAAGAGGUUGGGAAUCUCCAAUCUCCAUCCCAAAACAUGUCACUGAUGACUUGAACAUAUCACCAGAUACUCAAGAUACUGAGGAGACCUUCCACCUAUGGGAGAAUGACCCUCUGAAGAGAAAUUUGGAAUCAUCAUCAGAGCCAUUGGAGGGGACAUCUGAGAGUCAAAUAGGUGACAUUUCACAAGAUCCUGUCAUGCCUCCAGUCCAGAGAAGAAAGUUAGAUCCACUUCCAAAAAAGCAUAGAUAUCCUAGGAAGGCCAUAAGGUCAAAGAGAAUGAGGAAGAGCAAGAGGAAGGAGAAAGUGGAGACCCACUGCCCCCCGAUACUUCCAACACCUUUGGUACCACCACAGAGUGAAGAAGAUGAGGUGGUAGAUGCAAAGCUGACCAUACUCAGUGCUCAGGAAGAUGAUCCUGACCUUCCCAAUGAGGCCCAAUUACAGAGUCAGCAGGAUGAGGAUUCCUGUGUGAAGCAUCAGGAGUGUCCGAUCCAGCCCUGUGAGCUCCCAGCUUCCCCGGAGCCUGGGUCCUCUUCUCCUGCAGUGACAUCCUUGGCAUCACCACCACUCUGCUUUGGUCGCUUCUUAGGCUGUGUCUGCCAGACCUUCUCGAGGUCUAGGAAGCGGAAGCCCUCCAGAAGACAGGGCACUGAGCUGGCGGAGGCAGGAGGUGAUGCUAAGUCUUUAAGACCUGGCCUGCUGAGGGAUCUGGGCAAAAACAGAGUGCAGCCUCAUGAGGGCCUGUAGCAAGCUGAUGCCAAUACAGGCUCUCCCUGUGUUUAGUUUUAUAGUUUUCUCCAUAUUGUUGUUCCCUUUGGUUGUGUUGUUUGUGGAAAAGAGAGCUGCUUUUAUGCUGAGAUCCUUAAGCCUAAAGAAGCGAUAAAAGCAAAGUAGCUUUGAAGUUUUUAACACUUUACCCCAGUAGUGGGAUUGCUUCCUACUUCCUCCUAUUAGGCUGAAGUAGCAUUCACUUGGGAGCAGUGGUUCCCAAAAUUCAUGCGGAUGUUGCUCAUGUCUUAGUUAGCUCAAGUCUCACACUACCUUCUCUGAGGAUGGAAGCCAUACCAUCCCGUCAUCCUGAGUAAUGUUUCCAGAUAUUAGCCACCAAGUGGAGACGUCUCAUGUCCAGCUCCUCUCAUUGUCUUUGGCUAGAGAUUCCUUUUGAAUUCUUCAUCCUCAGUACUUUGUUGAACUUCUGCCGCUGUCUGCUUGAUUUAGAUAUACCUCAGGGAGUGAUGGUUGCUACAUUUCUUGGCCAGGGUAACACUACCACCUCCUCCAACUCUAACUGUUGUUUGGUUUUCUUUUUGUCACUUGUUAGUAAGCUACCUGGCUCUUUCUUAUGAAUGUGCCUUUGGUGUUCUCUAGCCAUAUGUAUUAAAAAACUUAGUCACAUGAGGUAAUGGUCUCCUUCCUUGUUAUUCUUUAGCAAGACUCCCACAGAAUCCCAAGUUCUUCUGAGAACCCUAAAGAAAAUAAGUACUUAAAAAAAGUUUAAGAUUAUUUCAUUUCCCCAUUGUUGUCCCAGCAUACUAGGUUAAUCCUCUUCCUAGGACGUAAACUAAGAGUUUAAAUUAAUUGUAUAUCCUACUUUGAGAGGGUAGGUUUAAGAAGAAUUUGAGAGUUACCUUGUAGCUUUAAUUACCUGUUAUUAUUUCCUACUUGUCCCUGUUUCCAAAUUCAUAAAAGAAUAAUAAAUAAAGGUACAAGUAGAAAUAAAUGUAUAAAGUAUCUGCAUUAGAAGGAAAUUGUAUACUUUAUUAUCUUCCUUCCUUAAGACUGACCCUGAUGGUUACCACACUAGAAUUAGAGAAGAUAACCAGUGUGUUUGUUUUGUGCUUUCUUGCCUGGAAUAGGGCUUUGUAGUGUUGGAAGAAUGAAGUUGGGAAGGGAAUAGAAUGACAUGCAGGAGCAGUGGUAAAGAUUCUUAAGGCUGCCUUGGGGGUAAUUGGUAAAAAUUGCCCUGGAAGAAGUUUUGUGAUGUGGUGAGGAUCUCAAGUUGGAAUGAGGAAUUUUGUAAAACGUCAUACUCUGUGCUUGGAGUAAAAUGGGAGAGCUUUCUCAAGUCAGUCAUGCUUUGAUACCUUUAAUUGUCUAAAGAGUGGUUGAUUGUUUAGAGAGUAUGGAAUUUUAAUAGAGCUAAUUGAGCAUUAUAAAUGGGCUCAAGCUAUUACAUGAAAUUUCAAAUUAUCUAAAAUAUAUUUACACACCUAUUUUCUCAAUGUAAUAUAAGAAACGUACUGCCAGGCAAGGCAUAAUGUACGAAAAGUCCUGUGUCAUGGAGCCUAUUAUUAAAAGCUCAAAGGA